UCCACGCGGCGGCGAUAAAUUCCAACCUCCGCCUCGCUCCUCCUCCUCCUCCUCCGCGCCCAAAUUCUCCAAAUCUCCCCGCGCUCGAAUCCGCCAUGGCGCACGCGUCUCCCUCUCCCAUGGACUGCCACCACCACCGCCGCCAGCUGCUGCUGCGCUCCCCGUCGCGGAGGUCCUCGCCGCCGGGGGCCCCGGUCCACGCCGACGAGCGCCUCCACCACCACCGCUUCCUCCGCCCCGGCGCGCUCGCGCGGCUGCGCGACUCCAAAGUCAUCGCCCGCUCGCUCCGGUCCGCCGCCGCCGCCGCGGCGGUGGCCGUGCCCGCGUCGCCGCCCGCGAACACGCUCCCGCCGUCCUCGCCUCCCCCGACCGCCGCCGCGGCGGCGGGAGAUGGCGCCGGCGUGCCGCAUUUUCUUGGGGCUGUGAGGGGGCCGAGGUACCCGCUCCGGAAGAAGCUGGCCGCGGCCAGGACCGUGGUGUUCCUGCCGCCGCCGCCGACGACGGCGGCGGACGCCGCCGAGGUGUUCAUGGACGCGUUCGCGGUGGCGGCGCCGUCGGAGAUGCUCGCCGCGCACUGACAGACUGAUUCCUCAGGCUGCCUGCUCCACUCUUUGUUUUAGACUUCUUUAGAUCUGUGCAGAUUUGUCUUCUUUCGUUUGUUCUUGAUUUAGGAGUUAAUUUCAGGAGAAAUAACUUCGGAUUUCUUAAAGAUUCUACUUCUUUGUGUGUGUGUAGAUUUUUUAUUUGUAGUUUCGGCAUCUGGAGAUCCUCAGAUCCGAAUUUGUUGUUCUGGUACUAAGAACAGAGCUAGUAUUCAGAUUUUAA